AUGUGGAAGACACACGUUUUCGUUCAAGAGCUCGUUCUUGCCUCCCUUCUCCUCUUCAUCGCGAGUGUUUGGGCUUCUCCGGCGAAGAGCGGAACACUAACUUCGCGAUUGUACAACUGGGGGUUCUUCGGGCCCUAUCCACAGCAACACUACAAAUCAUUUCAGAAGAGUGCACCACUAUUAAAUUUCGCGCAAUGGGAUAGGCGAUGCGACAAUGGCUACACCUUCAUAGGACCUCGGGGACACAUGGUCUCAAAGCCGGGGCCGGUCAUUAUGGACUCAAAUGGCGAGCUGGUAUGGAUAGAAGAUAAAUACGGACAAGCGAUGGACUUCAAGGUUCAGCGGUACAAAGGUCGGGAUUACUUGACUUUUUGGACUGGGACGGAUAGUGGCACCUUUGGGACGGGGACCUAUCUAAUGCUGGAUUCAUCUUACGAAUUAUACAAAUCAGUCUCUGCGGCGAAUGGACUGAGUGGAGAUUUACACGAAUUCAAAAUCACCGACAAUGGCACGGCAUUGAUGACAGUUUAUGAUCCGGCACCAGCAGAUCUUUCGUCCCUCGGGAUCACUUCUCCAGGCUGGAUCUACGACAGCAUCUUCCAGGAAGUCGAUAUUGAGACCGGAGAACUCCUCUUCGAGUGGCGCGCAUCUGACCAUUAUCAAGUGGAGGAAUCCUUCCAUUCUAUCGCGGCUGAGGAACGGCGACCGAAUUCAUUAGGCAAGAAACAAACCUCGAUCGGUAGGGGCCCAAACUCAGCCUGGGAUUUCUUCCACAUCAACAGCGUCGACAAGGACAUGCAUGGAAAUUAUAUCAUCUCCUCAAGAUACAUGCACACAGUCACCUGCAUCAGUCCUGUGGGUGAAACCCUCUGGAUUUUGGGGGGAAAGAGGAACCAAUUCACCGAUCUGUCAAUGGGGGCAGCGACAAAUUUCUCGUUUCAGCACCACGCAACCAUGCACGAAAACAAUACAAUUACGAUCUUUGACAAUGGCAAAUACGAUGCGGAUUCCCAAAAUGCAGAAUACAGCCGUGGCCUCGUGAUUUCACUGGACCUGGAACAUAUGACUGCCGAACUGGUUCAGGAUUUCGUGCACCCUGACCGCCUCCUCGUUGGCAGCCAAGGGUCUAUCCAAUUACUCCCUGAUUCUGGCCACACUCUCCUCGGCUGGGGUUACAUGCCUGCAUACACUGAAUUCGACUCUGACGGAACAGUCCUCUGCGACGUACACAUUGCACCAUCGAUCGUCUUUGGCCUCGGCUGGGUCAAAUCCUACCGGGCAUUUCGAACCUCUACGUGGGUUGGAAAACCUUCGUCACCACCCGACGUGUACCUUCGUCCCCGGGACGGGGUGCUGUACGUGAGCUGGAACGGUGCGACCGAAAUUGAUCGUUGGCUUCUCCAGGGCUGGGACGAGGCCAUGCGCACCGAGGGCGAUGGAGAAGGACUGUACGUCGACUUGUCUUCACUGAAGAAAGACUACUUUGAAUCCUCGUUUGAAAUCGCGUCUGAUAUGCCAACGUACUUGCGUGUCGCGGCAUUGGAUCGCAACGGCAACGUCCUCGGAUACAGCGAAUUCCUCGAUCGCAGAGUAGGCAACGCGCAGUCUGAAAUACCACAGUUCAUUGUACUCGUCGCGGUCCUAGGACUUCUUAGCUACCUCCUCUGGUGUAUACGAAAUGACAUUCCUGGCCGAGAAAAACUGAAGCAGAUCCUAGAAAAUUGGCAACAUCGCCGUCGACGUAAUUCAAAGGCUAGAGAACUCCUUCUGCCAAAGGAAGAACCGAUGCAUGUGCGACCGGAUUGGGACGAAGACAACGAAUUCGACAUAGAUGUCAACGGAGACCCGGACGCUGAAAGAAACAUGCCGUUGGCACGGGUAUACCGCGAUGCAGACAUCGACGUAUCAAAGAACGACGAAUUGGGGUCGCUAUCCCGGUCCACACAGCCAGACAGGUAA